AUGGCUUCGAAAAUCUCCGGGGAGCGGGCUCUUGAGUCGUAUUUGGUAUCAUUUGGCCGCGUCGACAAGUAUUUGAGGCGUAGAGACUUCAUCACCGGCGUCGGUGCCUUCAAAUCGAUUUGUGGUGCCUUGAAAGACCACGGAGGGGCUGCGACAGAGUAUCAAGAGGUUAAUAAAGAGUUGGACGCAGUUCAAAACAUUGUUCAGGGCGCGGGAAGUAUCCCCGGUAACACUUCUGCGGCCAACAACGAAGUCACAACAGUGGCGACGGCGCUAGCUGCACAAGCGGAUUUCUGCCUCAAGGUUGUGAGAAGCUUCACCGAGAGGUUGGCACAACACGAUCCUACGCUUGGUAAGAGUAUCCCGCAAGGGUACACCCGGGGCACGUGGUCCAAGUUGUCCUGGGCACUUUUCUUCUCGUCGGAGCUCAAGAAGGUCCGGCCUGUGAUUGUGACCCAUACUUCGAGUAUUACGCUCUCUUUCUGUCAUCUCCUCUAUCUGCAUUCGCUCGCAUCCGAGGAAUCGUUGAUCAAACAACACGAACAGGCCUGGAUAUCUAUUUCGAACAAUUUUUCUGCCGUGACUGAGAAGCUUGAUUCCAACCAUGCAGCUUUCAGCAGUCAGAACACGUCUGUCUUGCAGUCCUUGAACGACUUGGGCGCCAAGAUGGGAAGUUUGGUCAAUCAGCAGCUCGACAGUCAUGACAAGCUCAAGCAAGUUGCCACAUUAUUGGCGUCAGACUUCUCCAAGCACCUGGCUGAGCUGAACUCAAACUUGGAAAGAAUCGUUGAGGAAAUGCAGGCACCUAAUACGAGAUCUUUGAGCACUGAGAUUGGACGAGCCAUGGAUACUGGGAAACAAAAUCGAUCUUAA